AUGGCAUUGGCGCGCAUCAGGGUCGGCCUAUGGCAGCAGAUCGUCGCAUGUAUUCGCAUCGUGUGGGAGAUCAUCGUACAGCGACGCAUGAUCAAGCGACGGGGGAUCGCAGAGUGGGCGUGCGACCCCAGCAUUCGCGGCAAGACCGUCAUCGUCACGGGACCCACUAGCGGCAUUGGCCUCGAGAUCGCCAAGCAGCUAGUCUUAGCGGGUGCGCACGUCGUGCUGGCGUGCCGGCGGCCGGACGCCGCCAGCAAGCUAAUCGCGGCGUGGCAGAGGGAGGCGGGCGACGUGAGCGCGGAGGUGCGCCAGGUGGACCUCGAGUCGCUCGCGUCGCGGCUGACGGCGGACGGGUUGGAGGAGCACAUAGCGAUGCAUGCAUGGGGCGAUCUGGACGUGGGCGAUCUGAGCUUCAAGGGGCGCACCCGCCGCUUUAAUGCCACCGCCGCCUACAACCAGAGCAAGCUCGCUCAGCUGAUGCUGACGAACGUGCUGCAGCGCCGCCUGCCAGCCAGUGCACACAUAGACGUGGUGGCGGUGCACCCGGGGGAGGUGCUCACCAACGUGGAGGCUUGCUGUGAAUCGUCCAUUCCUUUCCUAGAAUGGGAGGUGCUCAGCAACGUGCUGAGACUCAUCGCCCCAACGCACACUCCAUCUGCUGCACGCAACAGUGUAUGCACCCCACCUUUUUCCCCUCUCUACUCUAAUGGUUCGCCAGCUGCGACGCUCGUAUUCCCAGAGUGGCAGCGCUAUUCUAUCGCUCGUUCCCCUCCUGCCCGUGACCCCAUGCAGGCGCGCACUCUCCCCAGGUUCAUCCAGGAGCUGCAACGUGCUGUCAUGCACGCCCUGCUUCAGGUGUACUUUGAGUCAAGUCAAAAUACAACUUCUCCCCCCACUCCUCCCUGUGACCCCAUGCAGGCGCGCACUCUCCCCAAGAUCAUCCAGGAGCUACAACGUGCCAUCAUGCACGCACUGCUUCUCGAACCCUGGCAGGGUGCGCUGGCGCCCCUGUACUGCGCCACACACGCGGCAGUGGGCGAGCAAGCUAGGGCGGUGCGCGACCAAGGCUUGCUGUCCGGGCCCUACUUUGACCUGGACGGGCGGCGGGGGGAGGUGGCAGCGCACGGGCGCAACGAGAGGGCAGCAGAGGAGCUGUGGCGCGUGGCGAUGGAUACCGUGGGGCUGCCUGCUGACUAUGUGCCGUCCACCCUCGCUGCAGUCGCAGGUACCCCCGCAGCUGCUCACGGCCGUGGAGGGGGGGGAGGGGAGCGGCGGCGAGGGGGAGGGGGGCGAGCAGUGGGAGGCGGUGGGGGGGACUUGCCGGGAGCACGAGGGGGAGGGGGGGGUCGUUUGGGGCCCGGGGGCGGAGGAGGGGAAAGGGGAGGCGGAGGAGGGGAGGCAGGGGCAGGGGGGGAAGGGGGGGAGGGCGGGGAGGGCGGGGAUGCGGGGGAAGGGGUGGGGGGCACAGCAGGGACGUCGGAGUUCCAGAGGGCUCUGGUGACGCGGAAGGAGGAGCAGUAUGGCUCCCUCUCUUGCGAUGCUGAAACCUCUGCACCCUCCCUUGAGGACUCGUAA